AUGGCCCCACCAACCUUUGCUGAUCUCGGAAAGUCCGCCAAGGACCUCUUCAACAAGGGAUACAACUUCGGAUUCUUGAAGAUCGACUCCACCACCAGAGCUGGAGACAACAAGGAGGUUGAGUUCAAGUCUGCCGCAUCCCACAAUAUUGGAUCCGGAAAGCUCGGAGGAAACCUUGAUGUCAAGUACAAGAUUCCACAAUACGGAAUCACUUUGACUGAGAAGUGGAACACCGAGAACCAACUUGGAACUGUCAUCGAGGUCAAUGAGCAAUUCGGCCGUGGAGUUAAGGUCACCCUCGACUCUCUCUACGCUCCACAUGCAGGAAAGAGAAGCGGAAAAGUGAAGCUCGACUGGGCACUCCCAACUGCCAGAAUCACUGCUGAUGUUGGAGUCACCGCCGCCCCAGUGAUCAACGCCGCCGGAGUCUUCGCUCGCGACGGAUGGCUCAUCGGAGCUGCGGCUACUUUCGAUUCAUCGUCGAACAAGUUGGCCGCUACCUCAUUGGCUUUCGGGCAUGCUACUCCACAAUACACUCUUCACUCCUUUGUGAUCAACUCCAACGACUUCGGAGCUUCUCUCUACCACAAGGUUGCUCCAAAUGUUGAGAUCGGAACUCAACUCGGAUGGAAGGUUGGAGGAAAUGGAGCUGAUUACGCUCUUGCCACCAAGUACUCCCCAAGCCGCGAUCUUGCUAUCCGCGCCAAGGUCAACAGCUCUUCCCAGGUUGCCGUUGCCGCCACUCACUCGCUGUCCCCAGCUCUCAAGCUUACUCUCUCAACUCAAUUCAACCUCUCUGCCAACGACGCUCACAAGUUCGGACUUGGACUCGAAUUCGACCCAUCCAACUAG